CGAGUUCAUUCCUCGCCAAAUAUAUAUAUUAUUGAGGACUUUUUAACGCCGACGGAGCUGGACUACCUUCGUAGCAAAAUAUGCGCAGGGAAGUUUCAACGUUCGUAUGUCGAUGCUAUUGAAAGCGGCGGGAAUAGUAUAGUGGAUAAAGAGCAUCGGACAUCGACCUUUCUAUCAUUCGGGAAACAGCAAGAUUCGAAAGUUGCAAGUAUUGAAGCCAAGGCGGCGACAAUACUGGGUUGCUGGUCAUCACGCAUAGUAGAACCUCUACAACUUGUCCGAUACUUGCCAGGUCAGUUUUUCGGGGAGCACCACGAUAUGGGCGACCUGCAGCAGGACGGCACCGUUGCGUUACCUCCCAAGUCGUUGUUCUCCAAAAGACGCCUAGUUACGUUAUUCUGUUAUCUGAAUAAGGUUGAGAAGGGUGGGGCUACUGGUUUUCGGUAUUGCGAGUUGAAAGUUCCUCCGAAGCCUGGGCGGGCAGUGAUGUUCUCCAACGUUCUACCUGACGGUAUGCCCGAUUCUCGAACUGUGCAUUCCGGCGAGCCAGUACUUGACGGUGUCAAAUACGGGCUCAACAUUUGGAUUUGUGAAGAAUAG